ACCCGGCGGCCCAACCAGCCAGGCGCGGUGUGGGGUCGCCCCUUCAGUCUCUCACCGACACGACUUCAGCGGGAGCGCGGGGGCCAGAGCGCGAGCGCGGCAACAAGCAUUCGAAUGGGCAUUUGUUGAUGCAGUUGUGCCCUUUGAACCAGUCUUUGUGUCGUGUUUUCCUCUGAAAUUUCAUCCGUCACUGAUACAUCGGUUUGCCUCCUCACUUGGAGACUUGACUGCGCCUGCGGUGUGCUCCGCAGGUAGUUAGCGCAUUCCGUCGUAUUCAUGGCACACCGGCCUUCCUGUGGCACGUUCGAAAGCCCUGUUCCAGAUUGACAGCGCGUUUCUGUUCUGGCCUGCGGAACACUUCGCCAUGUCGCACAGAUCCGCCGACGCCUACCCCCGACGUUCCAGCGGCGAUGACCGUCGUGGCUCAGACCCUCGAGAUCGCCGCCACGACAGCUACUCGAAGCCAGGUUCUGAUGCUUACAAGGACGAAAGACGCCGCCGGGACACGGAUAACUCUGCAAGGGAGCGGCGUAACCCACCCGACUCGCCCCACAACCAUCCUUCAGCAAAUGCUGCCAAGCCCAACUCCCCAGCCAUUCCCCCUCGACCUGAACAUGGCAGCAGCAGCAGGACAUGUAUGUACUGCCUUUACUGCAUCGCCCUUUGACCCCCUUUUCCCCUUGAAGUUUUAGCCCUACUGACGGCUCUUCUCU